CCAUCAGCCACGCCGUGUGCGAAAAUAUGGCGGGUGUCACUUUUCUCAUGUACCGUCUGACGAACAACAUUAAAGGAGAGGAAAAAUAAAGAGGAGAAGAAGAACAGUAUUCGCCAGUUACUUCACGGGCAUUCGGCUCUCUCGAUGCAUCUCGCAUUGUUCCGUGCGGGAGUAUUCCGUUUCACGCGUGCCACCAGAGAACACUUGUAACGAUCUGUUAAAAAUGUCUAGCCCUGUGGAAUCAGACACUUGCGUGCCAGACACGCAGGAGAUUCAUUAUGAAGGUACCAAUGAAAGCUUGAAAGUUACUAGCGAGACUCAAGAGACAAACUUGAAUGAGAGUCAAGAUUUUCGUCUUGUCGAUUCUGAAGGAGAUGAAAGUAUGGUAGAGAAGUUAAAACAGAUACAGGCUGGAAAUCAUGACCAAGUGGAUGCGCAACAAAUCCAUUCCAAAUCAAUUCCAGAAACAUUGCAAAUGGAAGAGAGUAACACGAUAAUAACUGCAAAUGAUAAAGAAGACGAAUCUAUCAUAGAUGAAAAAGUAAUGGAAAGCGAUGCCAGACUUGAAAGGACUACGGAGAACGUAUUCAGCGAGUUGUGCGAGUCAGAGAAAAAAGAUGAGCUCUUUGACGAGGAUGAGAUUAUCCAAGGUACGCCUCCUCAGAGUUAUUCGCCACUCAGAAAAAUAGGCAGUGUCGACGUUAAUCUGAAACGUAAAGCUAGUGCAUUUGACGAACCAUCUGCCAAGAUCCCUAAAAUGUCUGAGGAGGAUGAAGGAAAGCUUCACAAGCGACUGGAGGAGGAGAGUCGUCAGUCUUGUGGAUCUGAUGAUUCUUACCAGGACUUAUUCAAAAAUAUAGACAAGAAUGUUAUAAUAGAGGAGACCCAAGAUCCAGCUACUGUAGAAUUUACUCAGAACACUCUGAAGACUCUCACUGAGCACACAGCAGAAACGAUAAAUGAUGACAAGGUUCAGGAGCAUCAUGCCGAGCAGACAAAUCAGCAAGACGAGAAAUACGACGUGGGAAAAGAUGAGAAUUUGAAUGUCUCUGCAAAACUUACAGACAUCAGCAAUAAUGAUAGUAUCACCGUCAACUUUAACGCCACAAACGAAAAUAAUUUUCUGGAAGAAAAUAAUGUGUUGAUCGAAAAAGAUGUUACUUCCACGAAUGCUAUAAUAGAAAAAUCCGAAGUCGGAACAUUAGAUGAGCCGGAGCUUGUAAAAGAUACAGAAACAACAUCCGAUGAAAAUAAUCAGUCGAACUGCGUCAAAUUGAUUAAGAAAACUGUUAACGAGAACGACAAAGAGAUCCCGUCCUCACAAACCAAGUCGCGAAGCAGCGUAGAAUUGAUAUCAAUAGAGAAUAUUAACCGAAUCAUUGAUAAUAAAUCAAAGCCACAAAUAGUGGAAAUAGAUGACGACGAUGAAAAGAUAUUGAAUUCGUCGACCGAGGUGAUAUACGAUCGUCAGAGUAUGAAAAAGAAACCGGAAGUUGUUCAGAUUGAUGAUUCGCACGAGGAUGGCGAGAAGAUCUUGAAUUUGUUAGAGAAGAAAGAGAUUGAGGUUUCUGAGAUUCAGGUCAUGGACAAGAGUUACGAAGGAAAGAGCAGUUAUGAGAGUAAGAGCAGUUACGAAGGCAAGGGCAUUUACGAGAACAAGAGCAGUUAUAAGGAGAGCGGAUCAUCUCAGGAGUCGAAAUCGUCAGACAAGAGACUAGUGAAUGGCAGCACCGAGUCCAAGAAAAGCGACGCCGACACGACCGUGAGCUUGGACUCUGAUACAUUCUCCGUAAGUGAGGAACAGUUUCUGCCUGCUACAGCGACAACUACCGCGCAUAAUAUGAAGAAGGUAGAUGGCAUCAAAAGCAUCUCUUUCGAGUCUAAAAACGUAGACAACAUCGAACUCAUCAGCAUAAGCGAUCAUGAAACAUCUAACGUGGAGGAGAAGAACAAGUCUGAUCUGUUCUAUAACAAUAUGCUGGGGAAGACAAAGCAGGAAGAGCGAGAGAUCGGUGUCUACGUGAAGCUCAAGUGUUUAGUACACAUGGACGAGAACACGAAGGAGCUCGUAAGAAAAGAGUUGACUAUGGUGCAGUGCGAACCUGUAAUCGAGUCGAGCAGACCGAAGAAUGAAGACAGUCAGUCCUCGUUGGCAGAUAUUUCCGACAACAAGGAAUCGCCUGGUUCCGUGAACAGCAAUCCUCAGUUAUAUCAACUCUUUCCGUCCCGGUGGUCCAUGAUGUCAUCAUCAAGCUCAGGGUCCAGCGCUGCUUCUUUGGCUUUUAAAAUGGCUAAGAACACUGGACACCUCUUCACGAUGCCAACGGGUCUGCCGAAGCACACGAAGAAAUCUUCCCAGGACAUUCCAUUAACAGUGGCGGACAAACAGACGUUGGAUGAGACUUAUGAUCGUUUGACGCACGAAUGGAAGAACCACCGCUUGCUUAUAACGACUGUCCUGAAUUACGCAAACAUGGAACUAAGCAGUAAUACCUCCGCCGUUACAGCCCCCACAGGGAUUCUCGAUACUUUCGUAAAUGUAAGCAACGAGCGACUGGACGAUCAUCAUCAUCAUCACUUGGAAAAGAUCAAUAUGCGCUCGUCGACGCCGUCGGAUCAUCUCACGAGUUUGAAAGUGGAAUUAACUGUCACGCCAAAGAGCACAAAAAAGAGCGGCAAAGCUGCGAAGAGACCGAGAAGCAAACUGACGAGAUCGAUCACCGCGCAGAUUAACGGCGAGAACGAUGCCAAAAAUAUUCCUAACGAGCCGGCUCUGCACGCCAUGGAAACCGACACACCGAGCAAAAAGAAAAGCAAGGUAGAGGAGGACGAGAGGCUGGUAAAUGAUGUGGACACUCAGGCGAAGUCGCCGCGAAGCAUGUUGGCUGACGAGCUAAUCGGUAAGAACGUGUUCGCCAAAUGGUCAGAUAACAGCUACUAUCUUGGCACGGUGAGCGAUCGACUGAAGGCCAAGUACAAGGUGAACUUCUAUGACGGCAAGAGCAAGACGCUCAUACCUGAGUUUGUGAUACCGAUACCAAAGAUUCUGAAAAAGGGUCUGUCUGUAUACGCGACCACAAAGACCGACGAUUAUGGUUCUUGCGGCAUCAUCAUCGAUGUUGAAACGUCGACCAACGGCGACACGUACUACACGGUGGAGACUGACGAGGGCGAGAAAUUGCGCGUACAAAUACAGAAUAUCUCCUUGUCUGCUGAUCAGGCGCAGGUGUUAAAGGAAGAAGUAGACACCAUAAGUAAGAGUUCUCUGCCGAGCACGCCGAAAGCGCUCGGCCAGGUGACCUUGGACAACGUAGUUGACGGCAAACGACGCUCCAAGAGAAUCGGAACACCACUUUCCUCGACUCCUAAGUCCAGAAACAACGCUGGAGGCUCGAGCACCUCUAUCAGUAAAAUCAAACUGGAACCCUCGGUGUCCGGCAUAUCCGUCAAGUUGAAGACGGAAAAGGCAUUGUCGGAAAGCGAGGGAAUGUCGAGCGAUUCAAAUGUCGAAUCGACUCGCAGUAAAACAGAGGACGAAUAUGCUCUGAUGGGAAUACAGAGAGAGAUAAUUGGCACGCCGUUUGAACAGAUCGCGAAAGGACCGCAAAGUAGGAACAAGAGUAAAUCACGUAGUAAGAAGAAGGAGGACCCGGAAAUGAUUGCUACUCUUGGUCCGAUCCCUACGAACUCCAACAUCUUCAAGGGCACGUCAUUCAUCCUUACUUGCAUACCCUUAGAGAAACUGGAAAGGUAUCAGGAUACGAAGACCAACGCUGGGUCGAAUACAGAAACGGAAGCCACCGAAACGGAUCUCGAAACAGACUACGAGGAUGAUUGGGUGAAGCGACAUUUCGUACGCGAAAGACUUCACGAGCAGAUCAUAGCAGGUGGCGGGAAGAUCUAUGAGGAUUUCGAAAAGAUACCAGAAAACGAGUACGAAAAUACAAUACUCAUCACGAACGUGCCAAAUACCACAGCAAAGAACAUAUUAUGUCUGUCGGCCGGCAUCAAAAUAUGCAAUCACGAAUAUAUCAUCAGAUGCUGUUCAGAGAAAAGGACCAUAAACAAGGCGGAAGUUGCUCUUCCAAACGGCUGGAGUUUGCAGAGAAAAGCUUACGUAGAAGGGCAUGAUGCAUAUACAAAGAAACCGUUGUCAGAAAUCGUCGUAAUAAUUCCUAGUCUGGCAUCCAUCAAUUUGCCACAAUUUGCCACAUUCUGGCGACAAGUCUGCGAGCACGCGGGCGCGGUAGUUAUAAUCGCGGAGAAUCCAGAUGCAAUGGAGACGGAUUUUGCCGAUACUGUAGUCAUGUCUAAUUGGAAGUGUCCAUCGUGGGCACAGAAGAAGGCGAUUCAAUUAAAUAUUCCAAUCUUGUCCACCACGUGGGUGGUUCAGUGUAUAAUCGAAGGCAAACUCUGCCCACAAAACCAUCCACGUUACAGAUAUACUUGUAUACCAAAUUAGGAGUUUUCGUUAAUUAGAAAGCUGUUGUUUUUAUAAUCAUGAGUCACCUAUGAUCAAUGUGACUACUAGAA